AGAGUGAAACUGUUUCUCAAGUUGUUGUUGAGCAUUCCGAGGUCACAAAACAGAAACUGAAUGUCCUACUCCAAAACUGGGAGAGAUUUGUGGCUAAGGCCAAUAUACCCAGGGAGGAGGCAAAGGCACUACAUGAAUAUCUGAAUAGGCUGAAAACAAAGUUGAGUGGACAGGACCCAGACACACUCAAAGAAGACCAGCUGGACACAGAGAAGUUUUUGGAGGAGUUUCCUGAGAUGAAACAGGACCUGGAGGGAGACACAGAAAAGAUCCAUGCUCUUGCAGACAAAGUUGACAAGGUGCACAAGGACUGCACGAUCUCCAAGGUGGUGGCCCACUCCACUGGCGCUGUGUCUGGCAUCCUCAGCAUCGUUGGCCUGGCUCUGGCACCUCUGACAAUGGGGGCCACUCUGCCUCUCUUGGCCACUGGGUUAGGGCUGGGCAUAGCGGCUGCUGUGACCAAUGUGUCCACCAGCAUCGUGGAACAAGUAAACGUGUCAUCAGCAGAAACCAAAACCACUCAACUGCUGUCCCCUGACACGAAGAAAUGGAAGGUAGUCAAGGAUGUACUCAAGAAGAGGACACCUCAAAUUAUUUUUGCAACGAAGUCAUUCAUCAGUGCCCUAGAAUACAUUCAGAAGCAAGUCCAAUUUAUCAAGGUGAUUAAGGCCAGCCCUGCCUUAGCAGCCAAAGUCAAGUUCUUCAUAACCAAAGGGAAAACCUUCAUCCAUGUCAGUGGUCAGGCGCGGAAAACUUUUGGAGGCAUGGCUUUAGCAAUGGCAAAAGAAGUCCGUGUCACUGGCCUAGUCCUGUCAUGUAUCGGCCUUGUGAUAGAUGUGGGCUUCCUGGUGAAAGAGUCAAAACAUUUACAUAAUGGAGCAAAGGCAGAGUCAGCAGAAAAGCUGAGGCAGCAGGCCCAGGAGUUGGAAAGCAUAUUGGAGUUACUCACUGAGAUCCAUGAGAAUCUGCAGGAGGGCUCAGUUCCCCCACCCCCAGAGGAGUGCAGUGCCAGAAGCCAGCGUGAGGAACUCUGCCCAUGGCAAAGGUCAUGAGGAAAGAGGCUUCGGCAUACGCAAA